GAAAACUCAGAAGAAGAGAUUUGGGGUUUAGAGGGAAUCCCAAAUCGAAGCCUCAUACCGGUGAAGAAGAGGCUAUAAUUCAGACGGGACGGGAGCAAACGGCACACACCCUCAGAGGAUACUGUGAAUCGGCUAAGCUGAAACUGUUGCACCCAGGACCCGGGAAAAAGUCUAUACCAAGAAGGACGACCAGAAGACUCGGUCCGGGACCCAGGGCUACAUGGCAACAAAUUAACUUUGCUGAGUUAAAAGAGAUUUGCAAAGCCUCUCGUCUGUAUGGUAGAGAUUCUGCCUAUUUCAGAAGCCUAUUACAGGCCACCUUCACAGCAAACAUAUUCACUCCACAUGAUCUAAAACAGCUUUGCACAUCCCUGCUAUCUCCAACAGAAUUUUCUUUGUGGGAACUAGCAUGGAAACGUUUGUUAAACGACCUUUUAAGAGGUUAUGCAGGAACUCCAGCUACUGCAAAUUUGACUAUAGAUCAGCUCUCAGGUGAAGGAGCUCAUACAGAUCCUCAAAUACAAGCCCGAACUCUUAGUAGACAAGUAUUGCAGGAUGUCAAAGAAGCAGCAAAAACAGCUUUGUUACAGGUCCCUGAUGGCAACAAGCCAGAACUAGAUUUCACAGAAAUAAAACAGGGCAUAGAUGAGCCUUAUAUUAAGUUUUUGGACCGUUUAAAAAUGGCAUUAGAAAAGCAGAUUCCAAUAGACCGAGCCAGACAAGAGUUAUUAAAACGGCUUGCAAUUUCUAAUGCAAACCCAACCUGUAAAAAGGCAUUACGUACAUUACCACAGGAUCCUGAGCCCACCCUGACACAGCUAGUAGAUGCUUGCAACCGCCUGAGCACCCCUGAGCAUGCAGCAGCCAUGCAGGCAGAAGUAUUGGCCAGUGCCAUCACAACAGCUCAAGAAAACACCCUAAAGCAGCAGGAAAAAGCAGUAGAAAGGCAAACACAAACCCUAGCAGAAGCUUUAAUAGCAUUCAAAGGUGCAAUUGAGAACCAACAAAUUCCAAGGGACUCGUGCUAUUCGUGUGGUCAGAGAGGUCAUUUUAAAAGGGGAUGUCCUAGGACCCGCAGAAGGCCAUUGCCAAGAAACAGUGGAUGCAGAGGUUUCUGUCACAAUACUAACAGCUUUUACCCAGCACAGGGUUUUUCGUACCAUCUGCCGGGAAACGUGCAGUCCAGCACGGGGCAGUGGCGUGCAAUGAUACAAAAACCACUGCACCAGAGGCCAGAGACCACCACAGGCCACCAAGUUCAGAACUGCAACACAUCCUUGCAGGACUUCCGACCACAAUGUCCCCAGAGUCACAGAACAACACAGCUGUCAUCGCUUGGACCAGGCACAUCAGCCGCGGGCGGCCUCAGCUCACCUGUGUCCUGAAGCACCUCGGGCAAGCCAUCACCCUCACUGGCCUGAUAGAUACCGGAGCAGACGUCACUCUGAUAUCGAGAUCGAAAUGGCCACAGGAUUGGACCAUCGUGCCUACGCUGGAUCAGCUAGCAGGUAUUGGUGGUCACUGUGAGAGCUUUCGAAGCUCGCACGCAGUCACAUUUGAGGGGCCUGAAGGUCGUGUUGCCACCACAAGACCAUUCAUUGUAGGAGCUGAUAUAGUUCUUUGGGGACGGGACAUUUUAUCACAAUGGCAUCUCAGGUUAGAAACUGGAUUUUAACAAAAGCUGUUGAUGGACAUAACACUUUAAAACUUACAUGGACAUCUAACACACCCAUUUGGGUCAGCCAGUGGCCCUUACCUGAAGAGAAACUUGCUGCUUUAGAGCAGUUAGUGCAGGAACAAUUAACCAAAGGUCAUUUAACUCCAACUACUAGUCCCUGGAACACUCCAGUUUUUGUAAUCAAAAAGCCAAACAGUGGGAAAUGGAGGUUGUUACAGGAUCUCAGAAAAAUUAACGAAGUAAUUCAAGAAAUGGGUUCUUUACAACCAGGUUUACCCUCUCCUGUUAUGAUUCCAAAAGAUUG